AUGUAUCAGGUCAGGCUACGCUUACCGACUUUUGAUGCCGUGUACGCCCGCUCCGUGGCCGACCCGGAGGGGUUCUGGGCCGAAGCAGCCGACGAAUUGCACUGGUUCCGCCGCUGGGAUGAGGUCUUCCAGUGGGAUUAUCCCAACUUCCGCUGGUUCGUGGGCGGCCAGACCAACAUCGUCUACAACGCUCUUGACCGGCACCUGACCACCGAGCGGCGCAACAAGGCCGCCCUCAUCUGGCUGGGCGAGGAUGGCACCGAGCAGGUUUACACCUACGCCCGGCUGGCCCAGCAGGUCAACCGCCUCGCCAACGGACUGAAGUCGCUGGGCGUGGGCAAGGGCGACCGCGUGGUCAUCUACAUGCCGCUCACGCCGGAGGGCGCGAUCAGUAUGCUGGCCUGCGCUCGCAUCGGGGCGAUCCACAGCGUGGUGUACGCCGGUUUCAGUGUGGGUUCACUGCACGACCGUAUUGAGGACGCCGAGGCCAAGGUGCUGAUUACCGGCGACUACGGGUACCGGCGCGGCAACCGCGUCGACCUCAAAGGCAUCGCCGACGAAGCUGUGGUCGGGUGCCAGAGUCUCACCAACGUCAUCGUGUGGCGUCGGGAGAUUGCUCGCGAAGAGCUGGGUGGCAUGGAAGUGGAUUUCGAGGAGCUGCUGGCCAAUAGCUCCAUCGACUGCCCCGCCGAGGUGAUGGACUCCGAAGAUCCGCUGUACAUCCUCUAUACCAGCGGCACUACCGGCAAGCCCAAGGGCGUAGUGCACGUCCACGGCGGCUACAUGGUGGGCACCCACUACCACUUCAAGAACUUCUGGGAUGUGAAAGACAACGACGUAUUCUGGUGUAUGUCGGACAUCGGCUGGGUGGUCGGCCACAGUUAUAUCGUCUACGCGCCGCUGGUAGCCGGAGCGACCACCGUGUUCCGCGAGGGCGCGCCCGACUACCCCCACAACGCGGUGUUCUACGAAAUCAUCGAGAAAUAUGGUGUCAACGUCAUAUUCACCGCGCCCACCGCAGUGCGGAUGCUGAUGCGCUACGGCGAAGAGCCGGCCAGCCGCUACAACCUGCGCUCGCUACGCUUCCUGACCUGCGCCGGCGAGCCGCUGAAUCCGGAAGCUCUGCGCUGGGCCUAUGAGCAC